AUGGAUCUAACCGAGUCGAAUACGACCCCUGUUAAAUUCCGAACCAAGUCCAUAUUGGCAAUCGAUCAACCACAGCGAACGCAUCAUGGUCGUCUUGGUCUUGGUACUACAAGUCCUUCAGCUCUACUGCACGUCCCUGGUAGCAACAAUUUUGUAUCUGGAGCAGGAGGAACCACUGUCCAGAUUGAGAGCAGACAGUUGAUGCAGUCUCUGGAAGUGACAUCUGACCGUUGUUUGAAGCAGAACAUACACCCUUGUCCAAUUAACCGAGUAAAGCGGCUCUAUGAUAGCUGUGAGGUCAAGCUAUAUGACUGGAUCAAGAACAAGUCCGGACAAGAGGUUGGUCUUAUAGCUCAGGAUUUGGUCUCAGACAAUCUAACUGAGUUAAUAUCAAUCUUUUACAGAGAUGAUAUCGAAGCGGGAAAGACCCAAGCCUUAAACCCGCUAAGCAGCAUCUUAACAUUGAUUAUAAUCGGAUCAGUGCGUAUGAACAUGAUUCAGCAUCAUUUGGGUGAGGUAAUUGGUUCUACAAUCAUGCACGGUGAUCAGAUCGUAGCUUUCGGAGAUAGUGCAUUCAUUCCUAUCAGAGACGCGAAGACAGGGGAAGAUGCUAUAAUCGAUAUUCAAGUUGGAGAGAAAGAAUUAGUAUAUAUCGUGGAAUGGCGAAUAGAGCUUUAG